UGUGGAGAGAAUAAGUGUAUGCCCGGGAGUUGAUGCUGUGGCGGAAGAAAGAAGAAUGAACAACAGUAAAGAGCUUAGUACCCGUAUCCUCUGUCCCUUGCUUCAUUAAUGUCUUUUUACUAAUACACAACAAAUUGGCGACGAGGAUGGCCGUGGCUUCUACUCCUUUACCUCCCACCUUUCUUCAGUGUCCGGGAGAACCUACUAUGCCAUUUGGAACAUGGCUAAAAAUGUUCGAAAACUACCUGCUAGUGAUCGACGUGGAAGGAGCCAAGUGGCCGGAUACCCGUAUACGUGCUACGCUGCUACACAGUCGGAACCGAAGCACAGAGGAUUUUCUACACAUUGACUGAAACGGGAACUACAUGCAACCAUGCCGUGACUGCACUACGGGCGCAUUUCGUGCCGAAGGUAAACGUAAUUGCGGAGAGACACAAGUUCCGCCAACGAGCCCAGAGACAUGAUGAAACAAUUGCACAGUACGUCUCUGCGCUACGUGAAAUUAUCGUUUUGUGUGAAUUUGGAAAUGCAGAACAGGAUAUGCUGCGUGAUCAAAUUGUGGAAAAAGCCUACAGUGGACGCAUACGUGAACGCUUGCUGCUAGAAGACAAACUGACACUGGAUAAAGCCAUUCAGAUUGCAAAUCAGGUGGAAACGGCGGUGCGCAACGUGGCCGAGUUCUCCAACAGUGAAGUGCCUGUGAGAGAGAUCAGGGCGCCAAAAUGGGAACAAAAACUUCCCGCUGCAAGUAAACAAAGGAAAGAUAACGCUUCGUGAUUCAUCACCAGUGGUGCUCAAGCACAACCAGUGCUCCUGUGUUGCAGGAACUGUUUUGUGCAAUCACACAGUAGCAUUGCUGUUCCAAACAGCACACUACACUGAACUGAACAUGCCAGUUGUGCCACCUGUGCAUAGCUGUACUGAAUCGGAACAGCAAUGGCACAAGCCGCGAACAAUGGGUGUGAAGCCAGGGCCCAUCAACUCCAUGGUCUUCACCAAGCCUGUACCAAAUAGGAUGGUGCAGACUGGAGUAAGGAGUGGAUUCUACAGAGGCAUGGUGGGGCCAUUACCAGAUCCUUGCCUGUUCAGAGUUACGGAGGCAUACUCAGCAUUCAGCAUUGAAGACAGGCCGCUUGUGACCACAAUGAACAUGAGACCUGACAAGCCCCUUGUGGAACGUGCCUUCGGGAUUGUGCAGGAGGGCAGUGUUCUGUCCUAUCAGAUGCCUGCUUUGACGUCUCGGUACACCACACUUCACACUGACACACCACCAACACCCCAUUUGCCCAUAGAGGGGUAUGUGAUCUUGCCAUGUGAUUUACCGCUGGUGUGCUCAGAAGAGGAGCAACUACAUAUGAACAGCUUAUCUGUUGAUUUGGAAAUGUCUCACAAAAUUGAGGAGGCUACCCGUGAGCAAAGCUCUAGCUCAGAGUGGCAUCUGCUCCGCAAACCCAGGGUUACUGCCUCUAGGUUAAGAGAGAUUUGUCACGUCAGAGGUGAGAGCUCUGCUAACUCUCUUGCAGAGCGAAUACUCAAAGGUACAAGGCAGACCGCAGAAAUGAGGAGAGGUGCCGAGAUGGAGCCCACAGUAGCAGCUGAAUACAGUAGACUGGCAAACGUGAACUACUCCCCUUGUGGCCUUAUCAUUCACCCCUCUACGCCCUGGCUUGGUGCCUCCCCUGAUGGAGUUGUUUUUGACCCAACAGAAUAUCCCCAAUUUGGCCUUGUUGAAUUCAAAUGUCCCAAUGUCCCAAAUUAUGUCGACUGCAAAUAUGUGCAGAUGGAAUGUGGCUCCCCUAAGCUCAAGAAAAGCCAUGCCUAUUACUGGCAAGUACAGGGUCAACUUCUUGUAUCUGGGAUGUAGUGGUGUGACUUUGUAGUGUGGGCACAAGAGGACUACCUGGUGCAAAGAAUAUGCACAGAUCCAGAAGUGCAAAGAGCAAUCAGAGAAAAAGUAGACUUUUUUUUUUUUUACUCAUACAUGCCGAAGUACCUGUCAUUAAAAAAGUAGUGGGCACUGUAGCCAUUGUUAACUCUGUAAGCAGUUAGCUGCUAGACCCUGGCUCAGCCGUCAUUGUUUUUAGGAGGCAAUCCCUCAAUCAUGUGUUCUGAAUGACAACAAAAUGUGAUUUCAAUAUUUUGUUUUUGAUAUAUAUUGUUUGUCACAUUUCAUAUAUGUAAAUAAAUAUACAAUUGUAUUUAAAAA